AUGGGCAAGGACGAAGGUUUCGCUCCUGGUAAGCUUACCUUACUGUUUCCCUUUUCUCGCGGUUUCCUUGUUUCGCUCUCAUUGGAAAUUGCCAUCAUUCACUGCGACGGCGGCGUGCUCUCCGUUGCGUCUCGUCGUUACACUUCCAACAUCUCUCAGCCCGGUGUCUACUAUUUCCACGAGCACACCCCAAGCGGAAUGACGAGCUUCGAUACCUUCUGUCUCCUCACUACCAUUGACAUGCGCGAAGCCGAACUUGAAGCGGCGGAAGAUGCCAAACAGAUGGCUAACAUUAUCGCGACUCCAGGUGACGCUAAGAAGGGUGCCAAGCUCUUCCAGACCCGUUGCGCUCAGUGCCACACUGUCGAGUCUGGCGGUCCCCACAAGGUCGGCCCCAACCUCCACGGUCUCUUCGGCCGUAAGACCGGUUCCGCCGAGGGCUACGCCUACACCGACGCCAACAAGCAGGCAGGUGUCACCUGGGACGAGAACACUCUGUUCUCCUACCUUGAGAACCCCAAGAAGUUCAUCCCCGGAACCAAGAUGGCCUUCGGUGGUCUGAAGAAGGGCAAGGAAAGGAACGACCUGAUCACGUAUACUCUUAGCUCCAGCGACGUCGAGUGGGAGUCGAGUCCGUCGUCUUCCAAUCUCUUGCUGCUGGUCGCCGGUCUACGGUUUGCGCCUCUCCUCGCCAAUACAACGGCCAUCUGGUGGACGAUCCCUGCAGCCAUCAUCAGUCAUUGCUCCCUAAUUGGUCCGGUACCGCAGGCCACGCUGUUCGUCUGGUCUAGCUCUGAGGAUGUCCUGCUAGGUACAUCCACUCAUGCGGUGGACUCUACACUAAAACGUUUUAUGAUUGAUACCUAUGAUGUUGGCUAG